AUGAUGCUUUUAAAGAGCUAUCCAUCUAUUUCCCCAAAGAGCAAUGGGCUGAAAUGGGAGAAUGGGAGAAAAUCCGCUAUAAAAACAUGAAAGAGAACUAUGAAUUUAUGACUAAACUAGGUCUUCCUAAUCCUAAACCAGCAUUUAUGUACCAUGUGCAGCAGUCCAAAAAAACUGCAGGGAAUGAGUCUUCUGAGUCAGAUGAAGAGUGGACACCAAAACCUUUAGUUAAACCUUUUAGACUAUCAUAUAAUUUGAAUAGCCUGAAAGAAGAAAAGAAGAAGAAACAGAACCAUGACCAAAAUAAGCAGAUAAACAUGGAGAAAUUCCCUAAAGAAGUUGUCUCCCCAAAUCAAGAUGAUGUCAGGAAAAUUCACAAAAAUACAUGUACAGACAUGUCUGUUCAUACCACGGACAUUGCUACAGAAACCAAAGCUGCUUUACCAAAGAAAUUUUUUUCUGAGGAAAAAGAGUCUGAGAAAAAAGAGCAGAACAAACCAGGUAGUAAAUACAGUUUACGGAAAAGAGAGAAAAAAACAUAUAUGGAAAUAAAUGAACCAAAAGAUGAUGAUUUCUUGUAUUGUGAAUAUUGCUCAGUAUUUUUUAUUGAUGAGUGUUCAGUUCAUGGUCUUCCAGUUUUCAUCAAAGAUGCAGCUGCAGAAAUAGGACUAGAAAAGAGAGCAGCUCUCACUUUACCCUCAGGUUUGAGAAUUGGCCCUUCUGAUAUCCCCAAUGCUGGCCUAGGAGUCUGGAAUGAAGGAGAAGUUAUCCCUGCAGGAAUUCACUUUGGACCAUAUGAAGGGGAAAUAACGGAGGAAGAGGAAGCAGCCAACAGCGGUUAUUCUUGGCUGAUUACUAAGGGGCAAAACUGCUAUGUUUAUGUUGAUGGAAAGGAUGAAACUAUCUCCAAUUGGAUGAGGUAUGUUAACUGUGCCAGGAAUGAGGAAGAACAAAACCUUGUUGCAUUUCAGUAUCAUGGUAAAAUUUUCUACCGAGCAUGUAAGAUAAUAUUCCUUCAUUCAGAGCUUUUGGUUUGGUAUGGAGAAGAAUAUGGAAAGGAGCUUUGUAUCAAGUGGGGAUCAAGAUGGAAAUCACAAAGAGUGCAUUGCCAGAAUUCACGCUUGAUAUUGCUGCAAGAUAUAACCUGUCAUGAGUGCUCCUGUUGUGAAAUGGCUUUCACUUCCAAGCACUACCUCAGCCAACAUAUGAGAUGGAAGCAUUCUGAGUAUGGAAUAUACAGUAAGGAACCAAAAGAUGUUGUGGAAGAGAAGUCUCUAUCCAAAAUCACAAAUGCUUCUUCUUAUAGUGUUACAUUGCAGCAGCUAAUGCCUAGUGGAGUGAACAAAAGUGAAGAAGACAAGCUACUUUUAAAAGAUGGGAACAUAAUGAUAGAGAAUAGAACUCUAAAUGCUUCCCAAAGAAAAAAGCUUCCUUUAUACAGUGAAGGUGGGGCAACCUUAAGACAGUUACACUUGGCCAGCCAAAUGCACACAGGAGAGAAGCCAUAUCCAUGUAGCUUGUGUGGGAAAAGCUUCAGCUGCUCAUCAAAACUGGCCCGUCAUAAGCAAACACACACAGGAGAGAAGCCAUAUCCAUGUACCAUGUGUGGGAAAAGCUUCAGCUACUCAUCAGCCCUGGCCUGUCACAAGCGAACGCACACAGGAGAGAAGCCAUAUUCAUGUAGUGUGUGUGGGAAAAGCUUCAGCUCCUCAUCAGCCCUGGCCCAUCACAAGCGAACACACACAGGAGAGAAGCCAAAUUCAUGUAGUGUGUGUGGGAAAAGCUUCAGCUACUCAUCAGUCCUGGCCAAGCACAAGCGAACGCACACAGGAGAGAAGCCAUAUUCAUGUAGUGUGUGUGGGAAAAGCUUCAGCUACUCAUCAGUCCUGGCCGAGCACAAGCGAACGCACACAGGAGAGAAGCCAUAUUCAUGUAGUGUGUGUGGGAAAAGCUUCAGCUACUCAUCAGACCUGGCCAAGCACAAGCGAACGCACACAGGAGAGAAGCCAUAUUCAUGUAGUGUGUGUGGGAAAAGCUUCAGCUACUCAUCAGUCCUGGCCGAGCACAAGCGAACGCACACAGGAGAGAAGCCAUAUUCAUGUAGCGUGUGUGGGAAAAGUUUCUCCCAGUCAUCAAAACUGGCCUGUCACAAGCGAACACACACAGGAGAGAAGCCAUAUUCAUGUAGUGUGUGUGGGAAAAGCUUCAGCUACUCAUCAGUCCUGGCCGAGCACAAGCGAACGCACACAGGAGAGAAGCCAUAUUCAUGUAGUGUGUGUGGGAAAAGCUUCAGCUACUCAUCAGACCUGGCCAAGCACAAGCGAACGCACACAGGAGAGAAGCCAUAUUCAUGUAGUGUGUGUGGGAAAAGCUUCAGCUACUCAUCAGUCCUGGCCGAGCACAAGCGAACGCACACAGGAGAGAAGCCAUAUUCAUGUAGUGUGUGUGGGAAAAGCUUCAGCUACUCAUCAGACCUGGCCAAGCACAAGCGAACGCACACAGGAGAGAAGCCAUAUUCAUGUAGUGUGUGUGGGAAAAGCUUCAGCUACUCAUCAGUCCUGGCCGAGCACAAGCGAACGCACACAGGAGAGAAGCCAUAUUCAUGUAGCGUGUGUGGGAAAAGUUUCUCCCAGUCAUCAAAACUGGCCUGUCACAAGCGAACACACACAGGAGAGAAGCCAUAUUCAUGUAGUGUGUGUGGGAAAAGCUUCAGCUACUCAUCAGUCCUGGCCGAGCACAAGCGAACGCACACAGGAGAGAAGCCAUAUUCAUGUAGCGUGUGUGGGAAAAGUUUCUCCCAGUCAUCAAAACUGGCCUGUCACAAGCGAACACACACAGGAGAGAAGCCAUAUUCAUGUAGUGUGUGUGGGAAAAGCUUCAGCUACUCAUCAGACCUGGCCAAGCACAAGCGAACGCACACAGGAGAGAAGCCAUAUUCAUGUAGCGUGUGUGGGAAAAGUUUCUCCCAGUCAUCAAACCUGGCCCAGCACAAGCGAACACACACAGGAGAGUAGGUGAAUUGCUAGAUCUUAAUGAAGGGCA